AUGAUUAUUGGCUAUACAAUCGAUGACUUAGGUGAAGCAGCAGCAGAACAAACAUUUUCAUGGAAAAUAAACAACGAUGAAUCUGUUGAAUCUGUUGUUACGACUAGUACUCGAACUCGAUUUAAAUGCCCAAUAAAUUUUCCACCUGUAUGGGCUUUGAUUAACUUAUCAUCAUCACUGAAUAAAGAAUUGUGUGCUGUUGCUGAAGAUCGAGGUAUAAACUGUUCUCCACCUGUUAUCUAUGAAGAAUACAAUGUUCAGCAAGAUUCAAUCAAUAAGACGAUUCAUAUACUGCAAAAUAUGAUGGAAGAAAAUACUGAUUGUAAAUUUUUUAUGGUCAUCUUACCAGAGAAUAAAGAUAUUAGAGAUAAAAUAUAUGGUGAUUUAAAAACACUGUGUGAAUUGGAAUAUGGCAUAGGAAUCGUCUCUUAG